AUGAAUAGCCUUAAUCUUCUAAGUGGUCACAUCUCUGCUACUUCACACCUCAGGAAACCUCCACUGAAGAAAGUUCCUAGUGGCGUGCACAAGAGCAAAAGCGGCAAGAUUUCUUUUAGUUCCUCCAGUUUUCUCCUCUGCCUGUCCUUUGGCUUGUUGUACCAAGCAGGGGUACUUCUGGGGCACCCUCAGUGCCUUGAUUAUGGCCCUCCUUUCCAGCCUCCCUUUCACCUGGAGUUUUGUUCUGCCUAUGAGACAUUUGGCUGUUGUGACCAGGAAAAGGACAAUGUCAUUGCAGCCAAAUACUGGGAGAUCAUGGAUUACAUUGAUCCCCAGGCGUACGAGUUGUGUGGAAGAUACAUCAAAGAUAUCUUGUGUCAGGAAUGCUCACCAUAUGCAGCGCAUCUUUAUGAUGCAGAGAACCCUCAGACACCACUUCGGAACCUCCCCGGCCUUUGCUUUGACUACUGUUCAGAGUUCCACUUAUACUGCCGUUCUGCAAUCACUUUGCUGACUAAUGACAAACACAUCCAAGAAUGCUGCGAGAAGAAUAAAACCCGCUUCUGCAAUCUCCUGAACAUCCAGGAUCAAGACUAUUGCUUCCCCAAUGUGCUGAAAAACACAGACCUUAAUCAUAAUCUAGGCUCUGUGGUGGAGGACAAAAAAGGCUGCCUUCAGCUGUGCCUCAGAGAAGUGGCCAAUGGGCUGAGGAAUCCAGUCCUGAUGGUGCAUGCUAAUGACAACACUUAUCGCAUGUUUGUGGCUGAGCAAGUGGGCAUUGUUUGGGUCUAUCUUCCAGAUGGGAGUCGACUGGAAGAGCCAUUUCUGGAUAUUAAGAAGUUGGUUCUAGCUACCCCCUGGAUAGGAGAUGAGAGAGGCUUCCUUGGUAUGGCCUUCCACCCUAAGUACAAACACAAUGGGAAAUUCUACAUUUACUACUCCUACUUGGACAAGAAAAAAGUGGAAAAGAUCCGAAUUAGUGAACUAACAGUCUCGCCGUCAGAUGUCAACAAGGCUGAUCCCAAUUCAGAAAGAAACCUCUUGGAGAUUGAAGAGCCAGCUGCAAAUCAUAAUGGGGGACAGGUCCUCUUUGGUCUGGAUGGAUAUAUGUACCUGUUCACAGGGGAUGGAGGGAAAGCUGGGGACCCUUUUGGGAAAUUUGGAAAUGCUCAGAACAAGAGUAGUUUCUUAGGAAAAGUUUUGCGGAUAGACGUGGAUGGAAGAGGUUCCAAUGGGAAGCCUUACCGCAUCCCUCUUGACAACCCAUUUGUUUCUGACCCCAAAGCUCUCCCAGAAGUCUAUGCCUAUGGGGUGAGGAACAUGUGGCGUUGCUCUGUGGAUAGAGGCAAUCCGGUUACUCAUAAAGGAAGGGGAAGAAUAUUCUGUGGUGAUGUUGGACAGAACAAGUUUGAAGAAGUGGACAUUAUUGUUAAAGGUGGGAACUAUGGCUGGAGAGCUAAGGAAGGAUUUGAGUGCUAUGAUAUAAAGCUCUGUCACAAUUCCUCUUUAGAUGAUAUCCUUCCAAUAUUUGCCUAUGACCACACGGUGGGAAAAUCAGUCACUGGGGGAUAUGUUUACAGAGGAUGUGAAUCUCCAAAUCUGAAUGGUCUUUACGUCUUCGGAGACUUUAUGAAUGGUCGCCUUAUGGCUUUACAGGAAGAUGAGAGAGGACAUAAAUGGAAGAAGCAAGAUAUUUGCAUUGGUAGCACUAAAGCCUGUGCUUUCCCAGGGCUGAUCAGCUCUUAUAGCAAAUUCAUCAUCUCUUUUGCAGAGGAUGAAGCAGGUGAACUUUAUUUCCUGGCUACCUCCUAUCCCAGUGCCUUUGCACCUCAUGGCUCUCUCUACAAAUUUGUGGAUCCCGCAAGGAGAGCUCCACCAGGGAAAUGCAAGCACAAUCCUGUUCCAGUGAAAACAAAGAGUAAGCGAAUCCCAUUCACUCCACUUGCAAAAACGGUCCCUGAACUGCUUAAUGAACUUCUUGCAACCAAGUCUCCUAAAACAGCCCUUAACACCACUGAAAUGUCCCAAGCCUCUUCCAGCAGCCCCAAAUCUAAGAAGCCUGCAUCCCCCAAUGGCUCUGCAAAGCACAAGCCAGGAAAGCCAAAGCCUGCCGGGCCUGGGAAGAAGCACCCAAAGGCCCAACCCGCCAGAACCAAAGGAUCUAAGGCCAAGUCUGCUGGAUCAGAGCAAACACUGAAGACUCCACACAGCUCCAGAGCAGCAGCAUCCCCCCCAAAGAGGAAAGGGUCACAUUUCAGCAGAGCCAAGAAGAAACUUCCACAGGUUCCAAAGCUGAGAUCAGCAGCUAAGGAGAAAAAACAAAAGAAAAGGGUAAAAAAGAGGUUCAGAUCCAGAAGUGAGAUGUGA